AUGCUUCUCUUUCUUUUUAAUCAUUUAACUUGUUCUCUUUUUCUUCCUCCUCUUUAUUUGGGUUGCUAUGAUUUUGAAGAAAAAGAUGUUCUUGGAGGUGAAGCCUGCUUAUGGGCAGAAUAUAUUGAUAAUGAAGAAAUUAUGUCCAGACUCUGGCCUGCUGCAUCAGCCACAGCAGAAAGAUUGUGGAGUAGUAAAGAUGUAAAAGAUAUUGAUAAGGCUGGACGUCGUCUCUAUGAACACAGAUGCCGAAUGCUAAGUCGUGGACUCCGUGUUGGUCAAAUAAAUGGACCCGACUACUGCCCACGUCAUGGACGAAUGAGGGAAUAUGAGAGACCGAUAGUACAGGAACCAGUGUGCGAAGGCUGUUCAAAACCAGUUGAAGCCGAUGGUCUUACAUUUGUUGCUGUCUUUGUCGUGGCUGCUCUCCUUGGAGGCGUUCUCGUGCAGUAUUCCCACAAUGGAGGUCUGGUUGGCAACCUGAAGGCCUGUCGGAGUCGCACCAUCAUGUUUACAUUCAUGCUUCUGCUUUUACUCUAUGUUAUGUGUUAUACGACUAUCUGGGUGCGUAUCAUGGAUCUGAAGCGUAUCUAUCCUUGGCGGCAGAAAUUUCUUUUUCUCUCUUUUUUCUUUUUCUCUCUCUUUUUUUUCUCUCUUUUCUUUCUCUCUUUUCUCUCUCUUUUCCUCUCUUUUUCUCUCUUUUCUCUCUCUUUUCUCUCUCUUUUUCUUCUCUCUUUUCUCUCUCUUUUCUCCUCUCUUUUCUCUCUCUUUUUCUUCUCUCUUUUCUCUCUCUUUUUCUUCUCUCUUUUCUCUCUUUUUUCUUCUCUCUUUUUUCUUCUCUCUUUUUUCUUCUCUCUUUUUUCUUCUCUCUUUUUUCUUCUCUCUUUUUUCUUCUCUCUUUUUUCUUCUCUCUUUUUUCUUCUCUCUUUUUUCUUCUCUCUUUUUUCUUCUCUCUCUUUUCUUCUCUCUCUUUUCUUCUCUCUCUUUUCUUCUCUCUCUUUUCUUCUCUCUCUUCUUUCUCUCUCUCUUUUCUUCUCUCUCUUUUUUCUCUUUUUCUUCUUUUCUUCUCUUUUCUCUUUUCUUUUCUUUUCUUCUCUCUUUUUCUUUCUUUUUUCUUUCUCUCUUUCUCUUUUCUUUCUUUUUUUUUCUUUCUCUCUUUUUCUUUCUUUUCUUUCUCUUUUCUCUUUUUUUCUUUUCUUUUCUUUCUCUCUCUCUUUUUUCUCUUUUUCUCUUUUUACUCUUUUUUCUCUUUUUCUCUUUUUUUUUUUUUUCUCUUUUUCUCUCUUUUUUUCUCUCUUUAUUCUUUUCUCUUUCUUUUUCUCUUUCUUCCUUUCUUUACUUCCUCUUUCUUUCUUUCUAUUUUAUUUCUGUCUUUCUCUCUUUUAUCUUUUAUGCACAAUUUGUUUCUUUUUAUAG